AUGGUGGGCUGUGGCGCACUUGGGUGUGAGUUCCUCAAGAACUUCGCCCUGAAUGGCGUCUGCUGCGGGCCUCAGGGCUUGCUCACGGUCACGGAUGCGGACCGCAUCGAGCUCUCAAACCUAACCCGACAGUUCCUCUUCCGGGAGCACAACGUCGGGCAGCCGAAGAGCAAGGCGGCCACAGCCAUGGCCCAGGUCAUGAACCCCGGCAUGAAGGUCAGGGCUCUGGAGAUGUUCGUUGGGCCCAAGACGGAGGACAGCUUCAAUGACGACUUUUGGAUGGCCUUGGAUGGAGUCUGCAACGCCUUGGACAACAUGGAGGCCCGCUUUUAUGUCGACGACCAGUGCGUCAAGUACGAGAAGCCUCUCUUGGAAAGCGGGACGAUGGGCCCAGCUGGCAACAUUGACCCCGUGGUCCCCUUCAAGACGCAGACGUACAAAGAUGGCGGGCAAGCAGACGAAGGUGGCGGCAUCCCCAUGUGCACCUUGCGGAACUUCCCGCACCUCCCCGACCACUGCAUCGAAUGGGCCAGGGACCAGUUUGAGCUCUUCUUCGUGAAGUCCGUAAAGCAGCUGAAGAAGUUUCAUGAGGACCCUGGGUCAUUCAUCUCGGAGAUCGGCUCCAGUACGGAUGUCACCCAGUCCAUCUUCGAGGUGAGAGGGCUCCUCUCCCUGCUGACGGCUGCCUCCGCGCCCAGCGUCCGAAGCGCUGGGCAGAGCGCUUUCGACUUCUUCCACCUCCUCUUCCGGGAUAAGAUCCUGGAUCUCACCGCGGCCUUUCCGGCAGACGCCCGGAUACUCGACCCCGAGACCAAACAGGACAAAGGUGCCUUCUGGUCAGGCCACAAGAGGUUUCCUCAGGCCACGACCUACAAUCCGGAGAACGAGACGCACUGGCGAUUUCUGGUUUCCGCCACUGCCCUCUUCGCGGCCAUGCUGGGUGCUGUUCCCGCGAAGACAGAGGGCGACAACUCCUGGUGCCAGGACAUGCGCUCGAAGAGUUGGGCCGCGAGUUUGUCCAAGGAGCUGGCCGUUCCAGAGUAUGUCGCAGGCGGGGUCAACAUGGAUGGUGAUGCCACUGCAGGCGACGUGACAACUGGGGUCAAGUCUGACUCCAAGGCUGUGCUCGCGGGGCUGCUGCAGAAGCUGGAGGCCUUCAAAGGCAAGGCGCUGCCGGCACUGGAGGAAGCGGAUUUCGAGAAGGACGACGACUUUAACUUCCACAUCGAGUUCAUCACCCGCUGCGCGAACCUACGCGCGGACAACUACCACAUUGCAAACUCUGACUUCCACAAGGUGAAGCUAGUUGCGGGACGCAUCGUCCCUGCCAUCGCCACCACCACUGAGCAGAACCGAAACACAGACUUAAACCUACGGUUCAGUGUUACAGCUUUGCCCAUGCGCUUCAUCUCGCCCUUUCGCCGGGGGAAGCCUGCGGCGGGUGCUGCGUCCUCUGCGGACGACGCUCUGGCAAAGGUCUUGGGGAUGUCACUGGAGUCACAUUAA